CUCUCAAACAUACUCCCGAGGUUGUGACGUCAGUAGAGGAGGAAGGCUUUGCGGAGAGGACCGAUAUCGCAUUUCCUGUAACGGUGCAACUAACAGAAGGGGGUGUGACAGGGGAAUCAGCCGUUGAAGUAGAAUCGCUAACUGCGGACAAAGAAGAAAUUUAUGAAAUUUUAGCUAAACGGGAGGUCUCGGAAGAGGGAGAAUUGUUUGGAAUGGAGGUUGGUAUUAAAUCCGCAAUUGUAGUAGAAACAGUCGAAUGCUCUGUCGAUGUUUUAAAGGUAAUUUCGGUAGAAAGCGAUUCUGAUUACUUCGAAGGUUUUGUUGAAAAUGAGGUGUCGAAAAUCGGAUCUUAUAAGAGAAGUAGUCCUGAAAUUUUCCACGUGGUAUCUAGUAAUGAGGUAACACAAGGAGUUGGGGAGGUAUUCGUCAUAGAACCAUUAUCAGUAGAGAAAAGUGAAGAUGGUAAACAUCCACGAGAGCAUUCGGAGCUUAGUGAUAUGGAAGAGAUGCGGAUAAUAUCUGGUGUGACUGGGGAACAAGAUCUAGGCCACAGAAUUGGAUCUCGUGAUGUCAUAGUGGGGGUGAAAUAUGGCGGUGAUCGGGAGUUGUCUGCAAUAGUGUCGGCGGUCAAGGAAUUGACGGAUAAAGCUGAUUCUGAUGAGGUGAAUGUAAAGUCAGCAGAUACCUUGAUGGUUACCAAAGAAGAAAUUCUCGAUGUAGAAGAAACUGACCCUCGCUUAGAAUCUGCUGGAGAAAGGUUUGUUAACCAGCUUUUGGAGGAAGGGCUUGGUAGCCAAGAAGGGGAACAUGAGUUUUUGCCGGAGGAAUUUUGGAAAACGGGUAAAAUCAAACCCCCGACGGAAAGACCUGGACGAGAUCUUCGUGAAGCUGAAGAUGGUUACGAUAAGAUACCUGUGGACGGAACUCCCGACUUUAUUUUGCCGGAAGUUGAAGCUUCAGCUGGUGCAUUUGAUACUGAGUAUGAAUCUGCACAAUCGUCUACUCUUUAUUCGACUGACGAACAGAUUUCCGGCUUUGUUUCUGAUUCACGGUCGAUCGAUCGUUUCUCGCCAUUCUUAUCGCAGGAAUCACAUCGCGAACGUGUGCCUCAUAUGUUUGAAGCAGAAAAAGAAGUGAUAUCUGAUCCCGCAUUGGACAAUAUUUUUGUGAAAGAAGAUACUGGAUUGGUAGACGUAUGUUCUGGGGAAACGUUUGGCGGUUUUGACAUUGAUGAAGACCAUGGCGAAGAUACAGGUAUUGAAAAACCUGAAGCUUCGAUAUCCGAUCACAUGCAAGAUAACCUUCUUCCUAAAACUGUUAGUGUUCUUCCAUCACUUUCUUCUCCAAGCAACUUUGCAAGAAAAUUCAUUUCUGAUGCAAGGGAAGAGAUGGGCCACGUUACACAAAAGUCGCGUAAGCAAAGGCUCCUCUUUGAGACUCACGUUACCGAAACAGAAGUGAAGGAACUCAUGUCUGAGGUUAGGGAGGUUACACGUCAAAUUAAGCAGGAAGUUCGAGAGCUGAAACCAGAUCUAACGCCCACGCCCGAAGGAAAAGAAUCUUCAAUUUUACCACCUUCUGAGUCGCGCGAGUUUGUAGAACUGACUGAUCUUGGUUGCAUUAAGGAAGAACAAAUCGUUGAUUUUCACGAAGAAAGACCUCAGCGUCUUUUCAUGUCUUAUGAAAGAGACGAUACGGUUAUUGGAGCUGUUUCUGUAGAAGAAAAAUUGCCUGUUCCUGGUGAAGAAGAGGCUGAUAUCUUGAAGAUCGUGAGUGAUUUAGAAACAAUUCAGAGGGUGUCACCAGGUACAGAAGUACUGCAGAAAUUGGGUGCAGAAAAACUUGAUUUGACUGGAGAGAAUGUAAGCACCUCACCUGUAGUACGAGGUAGUAUUUCACAACCCCUAACACAAUGGAUGCAAGGAGGAGACGGUAUUUUUGAAGAACAAAUAAGUGAUGUAUCCAGUACAUUCAUGGAACUGAACCAAAUGACUUCUGGCGAAACUUAUUUUGAGAAAGAGAACAUGUUACACAAGUCAUCUACAAGUCUCAUGGAAAUGCAGGAGGAAACUCAGACACGGAGCACUGUGAGAUUAGAUUCUGCAACAUGUGCUAUUUCUGAAGGCGCUGUUGAAGUCUCAGACAAAGACAACGAUUGCCUUUUUGAAACAGAAACAGAAAAGCAUCAUGCCUCGUUAAAUGAAUCUGAACGAACACAUGUUUCUGAGUUUUCAAUGAAGCAAAUACCAGCUAAGUCAGGUGCUGAAUCUGUAGAUCUGUCUCCCAGUGAACAUGAAGGAGCAUUGCCUAGCAAAUCGCUGAAGAAAUUACAAAUGCGUAUGUCACUGGACAUUGAUAUACUUGACAAGCAUAGUUUCACAGAAGAUAAAUUUGAAAAAUUACCUGUCCUGGAAGGAGAUACAGAGCGGUUAGAAGGAGAAUUUGUUCAAGGCGUUCCAAAUGUUUUCGACACAUUGGAAACAACAAAUAUUGCAUUAUCGGUGAUGGAUAUAUCAGACGGUAAUUUAUACCACGAUGGGUAUGUUGGAGAAGAAAUUAUUCAGAACAAAGACUCUGAGGUUGAAUGUUCAGAUUUCGUAACGCUGGAAGAGGAGACUUCACUUUCAUACGGUACAGUUGCCUAUGGUGAAGAGGACAUAGAAUCCCAUUCACCUGGCCCAGACGGUUCUGUCAUUCAUGAAACGAAUCUCGGUACAGAAGAAACCGGUUCUUCGGUAGUCGUAGAAACAUGUGCUGAAGUUGAAUUUUCAACGGAGAUACACUUACAGGAGAUAGAACCGUUGUUACCGGUAGACACAAACAUUGUAGAGGGAACACAACCAUCCUCAACUGGAAAAGACGUAACUCCCAUUCUGCAGGAAGAACAUGUGGACAAACUUAUGUCUGUUGUAGAGAAGAGUUCUUCAACUCCAGUCAUCUUGUCUCCUGGUCUUGUUUAUCAAUCGGAAUCAGGGACUUUGUCUCAGCAAGAGCUAUCUUGGGAAACAAGCAGGAAGAAGGAAAGUGAAGGUCUUAUAGCAACAUCGGAUUCUCUGUUCGGAAUGUCUGCAGAUGACAUAGUGAUGAAAGACGAUUUACUUGAAGUCACUGUGACAGCUGGAAGGACUGAUAGUGUUAGAACCGAGGGAAAAUUAUUUAGAACAGAGUCUGGUUCUACAUAUUUGGAAUUUGAAACGGGAGGUACACAUUCUCUGUGUGUGUGCGAAGACAUCGUUACCAGUCAACCUAUAACACUACAUGGUCCAGACCCUUCCAUCAUUCAUCAUGCUGAAAAGGUUAGACAGGACGCAUUCCACGAUGAGAGUGGUAAGACAAAAGACUCUGUUAAAUCCACACCGAAGAAAAAACGCUCUGAGAAACAAGUGCAAACUGCAAAGCGAGCUACAAGGGAACCUGGCACGAAAAUUCUAGACGAUCGCAAGACAAUUACGCUUCGUUCCAAGGAACCCGAUAAGCCUGCACAGGUAACUGCAGCUUCAAGCAGUGGGACAGCGUCCAGAUAUCGAGGUUAUAUGGCAUCCACUCUAUCUAGAGAUCUAAAAGUUGAACGUUCGGUUACUGAACGUAGUUUGAACUUUAACAGAGAUAUUUCAACGAAAAAAAGGGUCACUGCAGACCGUGAAGACUCACCAAGUACCUCAUCGCCGUCCAAACCGCCUGUCCCAAAAGAAAUAUCUGCAGGGGCUGUACCAAAAUCUCCCCAAAUGAUUUCGAAAUCAAGACGUGUUGAAAGUAGGAGUACAUCGGCUGAGAAAGAAGUUCGGGAGACAGUGACCAGGAAACAAGUUAGCGUUUCAAAACACGUUAAGACAACUAGGGAAGAUAAACUGGGAAACAUUCGACUUACUUCGAGAUCACUAAGCGACACCACCGUCCGUCAGAGGGACACUAGUAGCGGUGACUCAACUUCAUCCAGUGUAAGACAAUCACGCCUCCAUUCCACUGUAAGAAAAACAACAGCAGAAACUGAAGCAUCUCAGGAGCAUGGUAGAAAGAGUAAACGUGAAGAACAUACAAAAUUAAUGCGCACGAAAACAUCUGAUGUGAGGAAAGACAGAAAGAAGGCGGUCACUGACCUACCAACAGGCGAAUGUCCUUCUGGGGCAAUUGCCGACUCGAAGUCGAAAGCCAAAUUUAAGGAAACUUUAUCAGAAUUAGAAUCAAGUAGCGAGAUCGAUAGUGGAGUUGUUUUUCAAGCCACGCUGCAUUCUACAGAGGUAACUAAAAUAGAUGAUACAAUGGAGGUACCAGUUCCAAGUUGUGCUGAGAUACCUACGGCUGUAGAGCAUGGUAUAACCACUUCCCAUAUCACAGAUUUCAAAGACAUGCACAUUGCACACACAAUAUCUCUUACCGUCCAGCCCAAGCCGCAUGGUCCGACAGACGACGACGACAUCCCAGCUUGGUGUCACACAGCUUCUUACUUCCGAGGUUUUCACGCGUACCGUUGA